AUGCGUGACACUCACUGGAAUCCACGGUUUGUGCAAUUGAGCUUGGAUUUGGCCGGGCGGUUGUUAAGUGCGCGAGCCGCCUGCACAGCCCUCUCCGUAGAUCGCUGGCCUGAGGCCCAGCUGACCCUCCUCUCGCCCGAGAUCUACCACCCCAACGCCAUCUCCUCGAACAUCCAAGGCGACAACAACCUCGUCACGUACCAACUCCUCAAACACAUCCUUGCCACCUCCAUUCCUCUCGAGGAAGUUUUCAACACCCGAUUUAGCGCCGAGCAGAUCCAUCACCAGAACUGGCCCCAGGUGCAGCAGUACUUCUCGAAGCCGCGCUCCCUCAUUGUCACCUCGCACAAACCCGUCACCCCGCCGGUCUGCACCAAUCUGAUGAACCCCUUCGCCCUGCAUCCAAACCCCUUCCUCCUUCCUCAACCCGCCUCGUGUCUGCUGUCGCCGCUGUCAAUGCCACUCUUGACCACAACAACACCAACACCAGCGCUGACGGGGAACCUGCUUACGGACCUGCUGGCAUUGACAAUGACACCGCAGUUACCAUGGCGGCUGCCUGUGCAACCACUUGUGUUCCCGCAAACCACUGGGGGGGCCAGCUUGGGACCACUGUCACCGAUUUUGCCACCGCUAUUGUCUAACGACCAAUCAGGGAAGGAGUGCUUUAGUCACCUGCAAGUGGUCUGUUUUAAGGAUGAGGCGAAAACCCGCUUCAUGUGUUCGAAGUGCAGCAAGCAGUGGACUUCGAUGAAAGGCGUUAUCACCUUCUUGGUAAUCAUGUCCCACCAGCUCUCCAAUGUCCAAGUCAUGCACUGGGUCAUCCGCCCUGGAGCGAAUGUGCUUCUUGAACUCUUUCCACAGGCUUGUGGUGACUGCUCCGGGAAGGGAGAAGCCGUUAUUUGUCCCCCCAAGUGGUACCCAGAAGAGGUGGACAAGGUGAGAUCGAAGUAG